AUGGACGCGAAAUUGGUGUUGUUCUUAAUCGCUUUGUUGUUAUUUGUGGAGCGUCAUACAGAAGCUGAUUUCUUGUAUGAUAGAGUUAUUCCAAAGAAACCAGAAGAACUAGAGGCUUUAGGUCUUAAAUGCAUUCCCGGUCAUACGGUCAUGAAGAUUGGGGCAGUUGAGAAAGAAAAACCAAAAAAUGAAUCCGACUAUGAAGAUGAUGAUGCUGAAUCCGAUGCAAGGAGGACACACAUGAAUACGCAAACUAAAGACGAAAGUUGUAAAAUUUGUGUCUGCUCAGUUGAGGGAAAAGACGAAUAUUGUAGCAGAAGACCGGCGAGGAAUGUGAAUGAAUGUAUUAGAAUGAGCAUGUUAACUCAAGCUUUUACGAAACAUGUUCCGUUUGAACUUGAACGAUCACUAUCUUACAGAAUGAGAAGAGAUUACAUCUGGCACAAAGAUGAAAUCCCUUACGCACCAAGCGCGCUAUGCUUUCGAGGAACUUCCUACUAUACGAAUAACGUUAAACCGGAUUCGACUCCAAUAGAGGAGCAAAUGAAAGUCGAUUCACCAUUGGAUUAUGUCACAAAGGGUGUUUGUUACUACUGCGUAUGUUCUAUGUCCGGUGGGGCGGCUGGAUGCAUUAGUAGAAAUACGUGGUUCUGCGACUAUUAUAGAAUCAUCAAAAGACCUGAUAGCGCCAGAGAUCGUUACAGGCACUUGUUUAAACAAGAUAGACCAGCAUAUUUCAGACAGUUGUCAUAUAGGAUUAGAAGAACGAUGGACGAAGGCCUCGUUGAGCUACUUGACAACGGAGGCGACACGUUGUGCUGCGGACAUCCAAACGGUCAUCGAAGAACUCUUCUUGAAGGAGUGAGGAACAAGAUUCGUUUGCUGAGAAGAAAAAUUCCCAAGGAAAACAUAUUAUCUGGAAGCCCUGCUGGAGAUUACGUAGAUUUUAUCGUCAACAAUGACAAGUAA